AUGAUCUCCGGACUUGCCCACGUAAACCUCACGGUUCCAGAAGGAACGCUGAGCCAAGCCGAUGCAUUCUACGGACAGACAUUGGGCCUCACUGCAAGAGCAGUACCGGAGAGGCAGAGAGGUACAUUGGCAUGGUUUGACAUCGGCGACUCCGGCCAGCAAAUCCACAUCGCCUUCGGCCCCAACGAGCUGAAAUCUUCACGACAUCCAUGUUUUCGACUCGAAUCGCCUGAAGCACUCCUUGCGCUGCGGCAGAGGAUCUGGGAACACCAUGUCAAAGGCGACGAUGCAGCGCCCAGAGAAGCAGAUCAGCCUGGAGAGACGAACAGCGGAGCUCAGGGGAAGGAGUACCCUCAGAGGUUCUUUGCUCGCGAUUAUGCUGGGAAUAGGCUUGAGUUCAGUCUGUGA